AUGGUGACCAACAGCUGCGGCCAUGGAUGUCCCCUAACGCUUCAAGUCAGGCUGCAGCCUGCCGUCGUUCAGCCUGCCGUCGUUCCGAUCUCGGAGGAGAAGCUCUCGGACAUGCUGCGGGCGUUCUACACUUCUGUCCUGUGGGAUGCGGCCAAGGAAGGCGAUAAGGAGCUUUGCCGAGCACUGGUGUCAGCUGGGGCAGAGCUGGAGGCGGAGAGUGUGGACGGGGAGCACGAUCCUGCGAUCCACUUCAAGGAGAUCUACGGCUUGUCCUUCUACCAUGACAAGAAGCAGGAGCACAAGAGCGAACUGAGCCAAGAGGACGAGGGUCCUUUACGCAAGAUCUCUGCGCUUGCUCUCCCUCACCUGCAGCAGAACGCGGCUCGGACGGCUCUCAAGUGGGCAGCAUACGCUGGGCAUGCAGAAGUCGUUCAGCUGCUCAUCAGCGUACAAGAAGUUUGCGGGCAGUCUCUAGAGCUUCUGACUGUUGGAGGGCAGCUGGGGGCAAAAGUGAACGCGGAAGAUGAGAAUGGCUGGACUGCGCUGCAUGAAGCCUGCAUGCUCGGACAUGCAGAGAAUCAGGCGGAGAUUGAUGCCUGCACUACUCAUUUCUGGACCCCGCUACACCUUGCGGCAGCGUAUGGGCAUCUUGAGGUUGUAGAGAUCUUGCAUGAGGCUGGAGCGGACAUCUGCGCGACAACUGAGGGGAAGCUGACGGCGCUCGACUGGGCCAAAGGUGCUGGCAGGUUGUCUGCGGCUGCUCUGACGGGUUACCGAGCAGCCUAUGGGUACAGCGAAGUCUCCAACUUCCUCAGAUCGUGCUCGGGGAGGCGUCAGGGGACGUGUCAAGUGUGCGGGAGGAGCAACUUCUUCGUGCAGGGAGGGAUAGCUACGAAGAUCUCUUCUAUGUGA